AUGGUUCUACAGAAUGUGGCCAGCUCCUCCUGGACGCUAAGUGUCACGGUAUUGAGGGCAGAAAACAUUCGCUCAGCAGACUAUUGUUCUGAGGCUGAUUGCUAUGUCACCUUGGCUUUCCCACCUGCAAUUGUUUUUAAGACAAAUACUGUCAACAACAGCAGAAACCCAGAAUGGAACCAAACCUUUGAUUUUAAGCUCCUCAGUCAUCUCAAGACGACACUCCAGAUAAAUCUAUACGAUGAGGACACCAUGUAUGACGAUGUGAUUCAAAGAUUUGUGUUUGAUAUCAGCACUCUGAAUGUGGGGAAGAAGGAAAUUAAGGAAUUUGCCAUCCAACCUCAGGGUAAACUUUGGAUUGCCUUUGAGGUGAAGGAGAGACACUUUAAAGCAGACAAUCACCAUACAGAAAAACAUUUAGGGAAAGAAGUGGUUUCUUACUGGAAAUUAAAUGCUACCGUACUUAAAGCCAAAACCAGUCACUCCAGCGAUUACUUUUCAGAGUCAGACUGCUAUGUCAGUCUUUGCCUUCCUACCGCGACUACAAGUGUAUUCAACACAACAACAGUGCACAAUAAAUACAAGCCAGAGUGGAACGAAACUUUCACCUUUAGAGUCCCUUCCCAUCUGAAAAAUGUUCUAGAGAUCAAGCUGUAUGACAAAGACCUAAUGUCACAAGAUGACCUCAUUUCAACUAUUCUGUUUGACCUCAACAACCUCACCCUGGGAAAGAAAGAAACAAUAGCGUUUACACUAAAUCCAGAGACAACGGACCAUAUUUUAAUGCAGUUUGAGAUGCUCCACAGUGAGGAACCGCCUUGUGAAUAUCUUAGUAAUGGAACCCUCCUGGCCGCUCCAUUCUCUGUUUUGGACAUCAAUGUUGACAAGUUGCUGAACAAAAAUGAUUAUCUAGGCAAAGUGAUGAAGCUUCGGGGUGCCUAUCCUGAGAAUCAGACUUUAUCGGCAAAUGAAAUAUGCCAGCUGCGUUACUACAUCAACAGAGACUUGGAGACUGAACUUGGAGUUUCAUCCUCUGCUGAUGGUAUCACCUCGAGUUCUACAAGGCUUCAGCCCCUAUCACCUAGACAGAAAAGCAAAGUUUCCCUCAUCAUUGACCAGGAUGAAGUUGACUUAAAUGUUGAGACACAUGACUGCAUGGAUGACGAUGUUGCAGUUCGUCUCGAUUUUGACAUUCCACAACAAGAGAAAGAGUAUUUGAAGAAGAGAAAGCAUUUUGUGGGGCAGAAAGUGCAAACGCUCUUUGGUCUAGACUCUCCACCAUCACCAGAUCAGGUGCCAACUAUAGCAUUGGUGGGUUCGGGGGGAGGAGCUAGAGCAAUGACAGGUCUGCUUGGUAGCUUAAAGAGCCUAAAGGAAAUACAAUUCCUAGACACUGUCUCCUAUAUCACUGGAGUUUCUGGAUCAACUUGGGCUAUGACUGCCUUGUCUAAAGACUCGAACUGGUCUCAGGACAGUAUAGACAGUACCAUCACUGACUUAAGAAAAGAGCUAUCCAAGGGUGUCCUGAAUGUCUUCUCUCCAAAGAAACUGGAAUAUUAUAGACAAGAAAUGGAAGAAAAAAUGAAUAAAGGGCAUAUUGUGUCACUUGCUGAUAUGGCAGGUCUGGUUUAUGAAGAAAUUGCUUUUGGUCAGAAAAUUACCAGUACACUCUCUGAGCAGCAGAGGACAAUAAAUGAAGGCCAAAACCCUUUCCCCAUUUACACUGCUGUCAAUAUGAAGGAGAGUAGAGGCUUUGAUUCAGAGGCUGAGUGGUGUGAGUUCACCCCUUUUGAAGUUGGCUUUCAAAAGUAUGGAACCUUUGUGCGAACUGAAGACUUUGGAAGUCAGUUCUUUCUGGGUCAUCUUGUCAAAAAACUCCCAGAGAUCCGCAUCCCUUAUCUGAUUGGUAUAUGGAGCAGUUGCUUUUCAGUCAACCUGACUCAAUUAUUCAGGAUCGCAACUGGUUCAGAAGGAGACUCUGAUUCCUUGUUUGGGCUGAAUAUCGAUAAAAUAGAUGCUGAUAAUGAACCUCAAACUCUGGAUACACAGCUCAUAGCUCCAUCAACACACAUCUCUGGAGUCAUCAGUGAUUUCUUGAGGAAUCGCCCAAUUCGUUCAGAAGUAUACAAUUUCAUGAAUGGUCUCCAUCUGCACUCAAACUACAGUUUCAAUCGCAACUUCAAAGCCUGGAAAGGAACUCACAUUGAUGCAUUUCCAAACUUACUGACACCUAGAGACCCCAUUCUACAGCUCAUUGAUUCUGGUCAUCACAUAAAUAUUGGCUGUGUUCCCAUCCUUCGUCCAGAAAGAGAGGUGGAUAUUAUUAUAGUCCUUGAUUAUUCCUGGAAUCCAAAAGACAUCUUCAAGGAGAUAAAGAGAACAGCAGCUUACUGUAAAGACCAUGACAUCCCCUUCCCCAAUGUUGAUUUUACCCAUCUGGAAGAAGAAGCCCCGAGGGAGAUUUAUAUCUUUGAAGAUCUGGAGAAUCCCAAGGCACCAAUUGUGAUUCACUUCCCGCUUGUCAAUAUUUCAUUCAAGCAUUUCAAACAACCAGGUGUCAAACGCAAAACCGCGAAAGAAAUCAAAGCUGGAAAAGUAGAUGUGCACAGCAGCAACUCCCCAUUCACCACUGGAAAUCUCAGCUACAAAGAGAAAGAUUUUGACUCUCUGGUGCAACUGACAUCUUAUAAUGUCAUCAACAACAAGGACCUCAUCAUGGAAACAUUGCAUAAGGUCUUGAAAGCUAAAAUGGCAUCCGAAAAAAGUAAAUUCGUCUGA